UUGUACUGUCAUACUGCAAACAAUAUGCGUAUGUAAAUACUACACUCUCGCUCAUAUUGCUAAAGAAACGGUGACACAGUGCGCUAAUGACACGGAACCAUUUCUCCAAAAGGUGUUAAGAAUGCUAAUUGAUCGUGACGUGCGAAGUUUUCAAGAAAGAAACUACCUCCGUUAGUUGUCCUCCGGUCGUCUUCCAAAAACCUUGACUUUGGUUUAAAAUUUUAAAAUGAUUAAAUACGAUUCUCUCCUGAUAAUAGUAAUUAUAAAUACAGUGGUCAACAUUACUUCCGUUAUCGCUAUAUUCACCAGUAAGAGCGUUGAUUGUGGUAGUUACGGUUUUAUUUGCGAUGGAGUUUCAAGACUCCGGUUGUGCGAAGAUGACAAAAUUCUGGGUCCAGCAUUCAUUUGCCCGACCAACACUAUCUGCAAUGAAGAGUCCACUGAUGUUUGUGAAAACUCUAUAAACUACAUUGACCCAUCCCUGACCAGGGACCUUCGAUGCCAUCGCAGUGAAAGGAUUGCAGACACAAGUGUACCAGAUUGCAAAGGAUACAUUCUGUGCAUUCCUAACAAGAACCGCUUUCAAGGCAUUAAAUUCAAGUGUUCUGGAAACACGAUUUUCAACGGUUAUACGCGAACAUGUACGUCACCUGAGAAGUAUAAAUGUCCUUUAGGCAAUUCCACGAAGACAAAAGUGCAAUACUACGGUCAAUCGAAUAGAAAAAUGGACAGUACACGAGGUGGAUCUUCUCAAAGUGCCAGUUCAAAUACUCAAGGUCUUAGACCUAUUGAUUGUAAAAGCUACAGAUUCACAGUCACGCAAGACGGUAGCCCUACGCGGGCGACAUAUUUUUGUCCUUCGCGACCAGUUAGAGGAGAGUCCACUGUUCGGUGUACGGUAUUCUCCAAUAACUUCUGCAUAACUUUGGAACGAGAUGACCAGGAUCAAUUUAUCCAAAACUCGGGUGCGGCGUAUCGGAAACCUCGAUAAAUUACGUUAUAGCGAUUAAAUGGUGCCGACUCUGUUAUAUAUAGGUCCAAAAGUAGUGCUGCUCUUUUCAUGCUGUAUCCCAAGGAAAGGAAACUACGUUAAGAAAUUUUGUUACAACAGAAUUGGCAUUGAACCAUAAAGAGUGAAAUAAAAGUAAAGGCUAAAUUUACUUUACAUAAUAAGCUAAUUAGAAUUUCAAAGCAUACAUCAGGCAUCAGGGCAACCUUAUUUAUGCGUACUAUUUUCUAGGCUAAAGUGUAGCAUAAUAUGGUUAAAUAAAUGAAUGUAUAAUUGUAAUACCUAUAGUUAGUAAUUAAUA